GCCUAGAAGAAGCACAAGUCAUUCAACAUACAGAUUGUGAACCAUCUCCAAGAUCAAGGCGCCAGAGCUAGCUAGGUAGCUGCGGCAAGAAGAAGACCAGGUCAGAGAUGGUGAGGUUGAGGGCUCUCCUCCUUGUUGCUGUGGCCGCUGCGGUGGCCGGCCUUGCCGCUGCCAAUUUCCGGGAUGACUGCGACAUCCCCUGGGAGCCCCAGAACGCCAAGUUUACCAGCGACGGCAACGGCCUCUCGAUGUCGCUGGUCAGCAACUCCUCAGGCUGCAUGCUCCGGACAAAGAAGCAGUACAUCUACGGGACCGUGUCAACCCUCAUCCAGCUCGUCCCAGGCAACUCGGCCGGCACUGUCACCACAUACUACGCAUCCUCUGUUGGCGACAACCAUGACGAGAUCGACUUUGAGUUCCUGGGCAACGUGAGCGGCCAACCAUACACCUUCCACACCAACAUCUACACCAAUGGCGUCGGCAACAAGGAGAUUCAGUUCAAGCCCUGGUUCGACCCCACCACCGGCUACCACAACUACACCAUCUCAUGGAGCCCCUGCAUGAUCGUGUGGUACGUUGACAGCAUCCCCAUCCGUGUGUUCCGCAACUACCAGGAGAGCUACGGCGUGGCGUACCCGACGAGCCGGCCCAUGUACGCCUACUCCAGCAUCUGGGCGGCGGAGGAUUGGGCCACGCAGGGCGGCCGCGUCAAGACGGACUGGUCCAAGGCGCCCUUCGUCGCCAACUACCAGAACAUCCACCUCGACGUCUGUGAGUGCGGCGGCGGCGGCGGCGGCUGCAGUAUCAACUGCCCGGCAGCGGCUGCGAAGCCGAACAACGGGGCGUGCCAGCUGAGCCCCGACCAGCGGGAGCUGAUGCAGAGCCGGCAGAGAAACUACACCAUCUACGACUACUGCGUCGACUCCAAGAGGUGGACCAACGGCAUCAAGCCAACCGAGUGCAGCCUGCCACAAUACUGAUGAUCCCAUUACUCAGUCGCUAUACAUAUAUAUACCUUCCCGUGUCUUUUUGGGCCGGCCGUGACACCAGGAAGGACAGUGUGGUCCGUUAUUAUUAUUAUACAAGUAUAUGUUUCUUUGU